CUCACAACGCACGCAGCAGCAAUAAUAUCAACGACACGAGGACAAUCAACGAAAUGCAAGGUUAGGGAUUGCGUUGACCGUCAACGCCAGCGUGGUCACUCCAAAACAAAGACUCCACGGAAUCUCCGCCACCCACCACGUGUCUCGUUCCCAUUGGACCUAUCUCUCUCCCCUUCCUCGUCGCGACCAUUUUUAAGCCCCCAACCGGAUUCCUAUCUUCCAUUUUACGAGCUUAGAUUAGAUCUUCUUCCUUGUGGACCAGAAAGGUUUGAUAAUUAUUUACACAUAGCAAAGAUGUCGCCAACUGAUUCUUCACGUGAGGACAAUGUGUACAUGGCCAAGUUGGCCGAACAGGCUGAGCGCUAUGAGGAAAUGGUUGAAUUUAUGGAAAAAGUUGCAAAGACCGUUGAUGUCGAGGAACUAACUGUGGAGGAAAGAAACCUCCUUUCUGUUGCCUAUAAGAAUGUGAUUGGAGCUAGGAGAGCUUCGUGGAGAAUCAUUUCUUCCAUUGAGCAGAAGGAGGAAAGCAGGGGUAAUGAGGAUCAUGUUGCAAUUAUCAAGGAAUAUAGGAGCAAGAUCGAGACCGAGCUGAGCAAGAUCUGUGAUGGUAUCUUGAAUCUUCUUGAGUCACACCUCAUUCCAUCUGCCUCAUCUGCUGAGUCCAAGGUCUUCUAUUUGAAGAUGAAAGGUGAUUACCACAGGUACCUUGCUGAAUUUAAGACUGGAGGCGAGAGAAAGGAAGCAGCUGAGAGCACCUUGUUGGCUUACAAGUCUGCUCAGGACAUUGCCCUUGCUGAGCUGGCUCCAACCCACCCAAUAAGGCUUGGGCUUGCACUUAACUUCUCAGUCUUUUACUAUGAAAUCCUUAACUCACCAGACCGUGCUUGCAAUCUGGCAAAACAGGCUUUCGAUGAGGCUAUUUCCGAGCUUGACACAUUGGGUGAGGAAUCAUACAAGGACAGUACUUUGAUCAUGCAACUUCUCCGAGACAAUCUGACACUCUGGACUUCCGAUAUCACG